UCCGAUUUCGGUUAAGUCACUCAACGUAAUCUUUAUUUUAUUAUAGAUUUUCUGCUGCAUAUUUCGAGGCAUAUUUUCAAACAAAGUCAUACUCUUAGUGCGAAUAUGUCCAACGAAAAAGCUGUAUUGCCUGAAUUGAAUCUCAAACGAUCGUCCGAAACAAAAUUACAAAAGUCGUCUCGAAGAGUUUCCAAACUGCCAAAAUGUUCGCCCAGUAAAUUAAAUGGUAGUCGUCCGCAAACGGCUGAAGCAAACCAAGCCACUCUAGAUUUUCCUACUCGCAUGAAAUUGAAAGAGAAAAUAUCCGAACUACAGCAGUUGAACAACGAGUUGAAAUUUAAAAUAACUACCGCUGAGGCAAAGUUAAAAACGAAGGAUACUGAAUUGAUUGCUGCUGAGUCGUUAAAUAAGCAAAUUAAACAAUUGUUGGACAAGCACAUCAAUCGAGAGCAGGAACUGAAUGUUCAAAUUCUUAAUUUAGAAAGAAAAGUAACGAAAUUCAGCCAACAGCUGGGUGAAUUGGAAGAAGACAACAAGAAAUUUUCGAACGAGAAAAAUGAAUUUCAAACCUUGACGCGUCUGAACAAAGAACUAAUAGAGAGUCUAGCUGUAAAAGAAGCUCAGAUUUUGGAUUUAAGUGGACAAAUUGCUGAUGUUAAGCAAUCAUUCAAUGCUGCUCGGAUCAGAAACGAAACACUGGAAAGUCAAUUAGAGGAAGUAAAGAAAAUCGAACCGAUGUUAGAUGUCCGAAAAAAUUAUAUUAACAACUUGGAAGAAAAGGUAAAACAUUUGGAGAAUUUAUGUUCGGACAUGAACGACGAAAAUUGUAAAUUGAAAUACGGUAUCAACCGGUUGGAGAGCUUUCGCUUGCAUUCAUUUUUAGCGGCAAUGGGAAGAGAUACUUGUCUACUCUAAAGUCAAUACAAAAAACACCAAAAUUAUACCCAUUUCGAUUGUUCACUUUUUUGUUAAAUCAAUUUCUAAAUUCAAUUAAAGUUCAUGAAUUCAUA